CGGCUCCUCCCGAGGGCGGCAGGGGACCGACCCGGCGCCUACAGGCGGAAGCGCCGUUGCCAUUGGCGGGUUUUACCUGCGCGGAGCCCGGGGCCCAGAGCUCAAAGUCCAGGGCUCAGACCCGGGAGGCGGCGGCGGGCGGCGCAGGUGGGCCCAAGCCAUAGGCCGGUCAAGAUGCCCCUGGGGUUACGGGGAAAGAAGACCAAGUCCAAGGAGACCACCCCGCUGGUGGGGGGCGAGCAGGCGGGCGCGGGCGGCGGGAGCCUCCUGGAGCCCCCGGCGCCCCCGACUUCCGAACGCAAGCUGAUCUUCCACACGCAGCUGGCGCACGGCAGUGCCACGGGCCGGGUGGAGAAUUUCUCCAGUAUCCGGGAGCUCUAUAUCAAGAUCGCCGAAGUAUUGAAGAUCUCGCCGUCCGAGAUUUUAUAUUGUACUUUAAACACACCUAAAGUUAACAUGGAGAAACUCCUAGGAGGACAGUUAGGUCUUGAAGAUUUCAUAUUUGCCCACGUAAAAGGAACAGCAAAAGAAGUGAAUGUUUAUAAAUCUGAGGAUUCACUUGGACUCACUAUUACCGAUAAUGGUGCUGGCUAUGCUUUUAUAAAGAGGAUUAGAGAUGGUAGCAUUAUUGACUCAAUUAAAACGAUUUGUGUGGGGGAUCAUAUUGAAUCCAUAAACGGAGAAAAUAUGGUUGGGUGUCGUCACGUUGAAGUUGCUAAGAAGUUGAGGGAAUUAAAGAAAGGAGAACUUUUUACCAUGAAGUUGAUAGAACCUAAGAAGGCUUUUGAAAUUGGGCCAAGGUCAAAAUCUGGAAAGUCAUCAGUAGAGAAAGUUGAUUCUGGCAAGGAGACACUUCGCUUGAGAUCAAAAGGUCCUGCCACUGUAGAAGAAACGCCUUGUGAAGUCAAUACAAAGGCAAUCGGAAAAGUUGAUGAUCUUCUUGAAUUGUACAUGGGAAUUAGAGAUAUUGAUUUAGCUACCACCAUGUUUGAGGCUGGAAAGGACAAACAAAAUCCAGACGAGUUUGCUGUGGCGCUUGAUGAGACUCUUGGAGACUUUGCGUUCCCAGAUGAAUUUGUCUUUGAUGUUUGGGGAGCUAUUGGCAAAUUCAAGCAAGGGUGAGGUUCAUGUGGAUGAUCCGUCACUGAAGAAACACACCAUUGUUUUUCUUAAAAACAGCUCUGGAACCAUCCUUUGGAGACUUCUGUGAACUUGGUUUAGUUUUACAUAUAAGAAAUACAUUCUUUGAUAUAUCAUUUUGAUUUCUGAGUAGUUUUUAACACAAUUACUAAAGAUAAAUGACCUAAAAUGUAAAUUUUAGUAUGAGUUUAUAAGUUUUUAAUGCAAGUUUUAAGGAGUAUUUCUAGACAGAUGAUUUUUGCUUUCUGUGAACACUUUUGCUUUAUUUUUCACAUGUACGUAAUUGAUGGCAAUUGAUUUUUAGUAUUUUAGGUAAAGAAAAUUAUGGUUGCAUGUAACAUAUUCAUUUUGUUAUACCAGCUUACGUAGGAUACAUUAGAAAAUUAGAAAAUUUUAUGCCCAUCAUGGGUCUAGAAGCACUGUUUUUUUAAUUUGUUUAUUUGUUUAGUUUAUUGUGUAGAUUUGGGCUGUUGAUUUCUGUAGCCCAGUCCCUCUCGUUGGCAAACAAUGAUUGGUUGAUUUUUUUCUUCUUCUUUUUUUGUAGUUGCUCUUAAAACUUGUGUUUGACAGUUACUGUGCUGUGUGUUUGCAUGUGUGUAAGAAGAAUGAAAAAGCCAGAUAAAUCGGAAUCACUUGCAUCCCAUUUCUUCUUAGAAGUUCUUA